CGACGCUGUGGUUUGCUCAGGGGUGGGGGUGGGAUUCUAAUCCCAACCCAAAACUGGGAUGUCCGCACGGUCAUUUUGGACUCUGGACACGUGUUAGGUGUCGAAGGAUAUGGCCACGCUUCACCUCAGAAGAAGGAAGUCCUGCUGCGGGUUUUUUUUUGGGGGGGGGCAAGAGCACCACCACCCAAGAGACCUGCAUGAGCACCUGCCAGGGGGGAAAAAGAUAUAAAACGCUUUUAAAACUGAUGAUCCAGUCAUGUUUACUUUGGCUAUUAAGGCUGCAAUUGUAGGAAGUUUCAAUGGGGUGGUCGUCAGCCAACUUUUCCAUUGGGAAUUGUGGACCCUAACUUAAGUCAAUGGGUCUCCCAGUGAGUAAAGGUUAGCCGAAUACUGUGUAGUCCGUUGCAGUUGGUGGUACUUGCUUCUGAACCUUCAGUAGUUUGGGCUGAGAGUUCAACUGAGUUAAAAGUAUAAUAUAGGACAAAUGGGGCCUGCAACAAAGUGUUGCAGUGCAGAGUGCUCCUGUACAAGGUGUGGGAGAGCCAUGCCUUUUUUCACAUUACUCCACUCCCAUUCCCCCCCCUCCUUCAGCCAGCAUGCCAUGGCAGCUGAGUAUACUUAUUCCUUGUUGGUCUGUUUUGGGGGAUCUCUCCCUGUCAGAUUUCCCCCCACCCGACUGCAAGAGUUUUUGUACUUCUGCAAAUCUUUGGGUUCCUCAAGCUUCCUGAUAAAAGGAUCCACACUUAAAGAAUGAGUUCAGUAUUGAGAGUGUAGGAUGCCAGCCACAAAGCUUUUAUAGCGAACAAAUCUUCAUUUGCCGCAUAUGUUUGUUCUACAUGGUCGCUUUCUCUCCUGAUAAUUACCUGUUCUACAUACCAAACACUAACACGGAGUUAGUGCAUGCACACACUGGAGCAUGCAAAAGAUCUCUUUAAAUGCCUUAAUAUCUUUAACCAACCUGUUGCAUUGACAGUCUACAUAGUUAAGGAAUGGUAAAGCAAAAAAUAAAAUCCCCUCCACUCUUCUGAUGUUUGCUUAUAGCUGAAGUAUGGAUUCUAAUUUGCAUUUAUGAACAAUAGAUCACUGAAAAUGGCAGCUUGGAUGAAUUAUACUGUGAAGGUGUAGCUAAGCUUGCAUCUCAGGACUGAGGCCAAAUACCAUGUAAUGAUUAAAAAGGGGUUAAUGAUACUGACUACUUUGCAGGGUGGUUGUAAGGAUUACCUACUUCAGAAAUGUGCUGUAUAAAUGAAGAGUAUGUAUUAUAGUAGCAAUUUACUGUUUGGACUGAGUAAAAUAACAAAGCAGUGAUCCUAUGCACAUUUAAUUGGAAGUAAGCACAUUAAGCUCUUAAAUAUUUUCUUCUAGGUACGCAUUAAGAGGAUAUGGCUGCAUUUAUUUGUCAAAGCAGUAACCUUUGGACUUGGGUGGAGGAGCCUGGUUCAGAAGGGAGGGAGAGAUGAUAUACAGCUGGCUCCCACAUCUCUCCAGAGAAAGCUGACAACAGAAAAAGGCAAAACCAAAGCUCAUUGAACCAAUAGACUAUGAAAAUGUCAUUGUUCAAAAGAAAACUCAAAUCCUCAAUGAUGCCUUGCGUGAGAUGCUGCUUUUCCCUUAUGAUGACUUCCAGACAGCAGUACUGAAACGACAGCAUCGAUAUGUAUGCUCUACAAUUCCUGAUAAUGCAGAGAAAGAAGCUCAGAGUUUAUUUGUCAAAGAGUGCAUUAAAACAUAUAACUCGGACUGGCAUGUUGUCAAUUAUAAAUAUGAAGAUUACUCAGGAGAGUUUCGACAGCUUCCAAACAAAGGGACCAAAUUAGAUAAACUUCCAGUUCAUGUUUAUGAAGUUGAUGAAGAAGCAGAUAAGGAUGAGGAUGCAGCCUCUCUAGGAUCUCAGAAGGGAGGAAUUACAAAACAAGGAUGGCUAUACAAAGGCAACAUGAACAGUGCUAUCAGUGUUACUAUGCGGUCAUUCAAAAGAAGAUUUUUUCAUCUUCUCCAACUUGGUGAUGGAUCAUAUAACCUAAAUUUCUACAAAGAUGAGAAAAUAUCAAAAGAACCAAAAGGGUCAAUAUUUUUGGAUUCCUGCAUGGGAGUGGUCCAGAACAACAAAGUCCGGCGUUUUGCCUUUGAGCUUAAAAUGCAAGACAAGAGUAGCUAUCUUCUUGCAGCAGACAGUGAAGUUGAAAUGGAAGAAUGGAUUACAACUCUAAAUAAAAUUCUCCAAUUAAACUUUGAAGCUGCUAUGCAAGAAAAAAGAAAUGGAGACUCCCAUGAGGAUGAUGAGCAAAGCAAGAUGGACAACUCCUCAUCCAGUAUAGAUAGCUAUUUUCCUGAAAGUGCCAAGAGUUCCAGAGAUUCUGAAAUCAAAUUCAAAAGUGAAAGCAGAGUUAAACUCUUUGCAUUGGAUCCGGAUGCACAGAAACUUGACUUCUCUGGUAUUGAGCCAGAAGUAAAACCAUUUGAAGAGAAGUUUGGGAAGAAGAUUCUGGUGAAGUGCAAUGAUUUAUCUUUCAAUCUGCAAAGCUGUGUGGCUGAAAAUGAGGAAGGACCAACAACAAAUGUAGAGCCAUUUUUCAUAACGCUGUCACUUUUUGAUAUAAAAGAGAACCGGAAGAUUUCAUCAGAUUUCCAUGUGGAUUUGAAUCAUAGCACAGUGAGGAAUAUGCUAGGUAGUACAUCUCAACAGGUAUUAAAUGACAGCAGUGAUUGCUUACAUCGGAUUCAGGAUAUUAUUCCAGAGAUAAUGUUACAAUAUCCUAAACAGGGAAUAUUCUCAGUGACAUGUCCACAUCCUGAUAUAUUUCUAGUGGCCAGAAUAGAGAAAGUCCUGCAAGGGAGCAUUACCCACUGUGCUGAACCAUAUAUGAAAAGUUCUGAUUCUUCUAAGGUUGCUCAAAAAGUUCUCAAAAAUGCAAAGCAGGCAUGUCAGCGGCUAGGACAGUACAGAAUGCCAUUCGCAUGGGCAGCUAGGACACUGUUUAAGGAUGCAUCUGGGACACUAGACAAAAAUGCACGAUUUUCAGCACUCUACAAACAAGACAGUAACAAGCUCUCAAACGAAGACAUGCUUAAAUUGUUAGCUGAUUUCAAAAAACCUGAAAAGAUGGCCAAGCUACCAGUUAUUUUAGGAAAUCUAGACAUAACAAUUGAUAAUAUUUCUCCAGACAUCCCAAAUUUUGUUAGCUCAUCAUACAUUCCCAUGAAACAGUUUGAAAACAGUACCAAGACAGUAGUAACGUUUGAAGUAGAGGAGUUUGUUCCCUGUAUACCAAAACACACUCAGCCUUUCACCAUCUACAACAAUCACCUUUAUGUUUAUCCAAAGCACUUGAAAUAUGACAGUCAAAAGUCAUUUGCAAAGGCAAGAAAUAUUGCAGUUUGCAUUGAAUUCAAGGAUUCAGAUGAUGAAGAUUCCAUACCUCUAAAGUGCAUCUAUGGCAGACCCGGUGGAUCAGUAUUUACAAGACAAGCAUUUGCUACAGUUCUGCAUCAUCACCAAAACCCAGAGUUUUAUGAUGAGAUUAAAAUAGAGUUGCCCACACAGUUACACGAAAAACAUCAUUUGUUGUUUACCUUCUACCAUGUCAGCUGUGAUAGUUCAAGCAAAGGGACUACCAAAAAGAAGGACAUAAUUGAAGCACAAGUUGGGUAUUCUUGGCUUCAGCUGUUGAAAGAUGGAAGAGUAGUGACAAAUGAGCAACAUAUCCCAGUAGCUGCAUACCUUCCAUGUGGAUAUCUCAACAAUCAAGAACCUGGCAUGAUCAAACAUUCUGGUUCUGAAAUUAAAUGGGUAGAUGGAGGCAAACCACUGUUAAAGAUUUCAACCCAUCUGGUUUCCACUGUAUAUACACAGGACCAGCACUUAAACAAUUUCUUCCAUUAUUGUCAAAAAACUGAGUCUGGAGCUCAAGCCUUAGGAGUUGAUCUUGUGAAGUAUCUUAAGAGUCUUCAUGCUAUGGAGGGCCAUGUGAUGAUAGCUUUCCUGCCUACUAUUUUAAACCAAUUGUUUAGAGUCCUUACUAGAGCAACCCAAGAAGAGGUUGCAGUGAACGUGACAAGGGUUAUUAUCCAUGUGGUUGCCCAAUGUCAUGAAGAAGGGCUGGAUAGCUACUUGAGGUCCUAUGUCAAGUAUGCUUACAAAGCAGAGCCUUACAUUGCUACUGAAUAUAAGACCGUACAUGAAGAACUUGCCAAAUCCAUGACAACAAUCUUGAAGCCAUCUGCUGACUUUCUCACAAGCAACAAGCUGUUAAAGUACUCCUGGUUUUUCUUUGAAAUUCUAAUCAAAUCAAUGGCCCAGCACCUGCUAGAAAAUGCUAAAGUAAAGUUGUUACGAAAUCAGAGAUUUCCAGCAUCUUAUCAUCACGCUGUAGAAACUGUAGUAAACAUGUUGAUGCCACAUAUUACUCAGAAGUAUAAAGAUAACCCAGAAGCUUCAAAAAAUGCAAACCAUAGCCUUGCUGUCUUCAUAAAAAGAUGUUUCACCUUUAUGGACAGAGGAUUUGUAUUCAAGCAAAUUAAUAACUAUAUCAGCUUCUUUGCUCCAGGAGAUCCGAAGACCCUCUUUGAAUUCAAAUUUGAAUUUCUCCGGGUAGUAUGUAAUCACGAACACUACAUUCCUUUGAAUCUACCUAUGCCUUUUGGAAAAGGCAGGAUUCAGCGAUAUCAAGCUUUUCUUUCACCAACAGUGGAAUCCUAUGACACUCCUAUAGACCUUCAGCUUGACUAUUCCUUAUCAGAUGAGUUCUGCAAGCAUCACUUCUUGGUAGGACUGCUGCUGAGGGAGGUGGGAAAUGCACUGCAAGAGUUCAGAGACAUCCGUCAAAUUGCAAUCAGUGUUUUGAAGAAUUUGAUGAUAAAGCAUUCUUUGGAUGACAGAUAUGUUUCCAGGAGCCAUCAAGCGAGAAUAGCUACGUUGUAUUUGCCAACCUUUGGGGUGCUGAUAGAAAAUGCCCAUCGAAUUGAUGUCAAGGAUAUUUCACCUUUCCCUAUUAAUGCUUCCAGCAGUAGUACAAAAGAUGAAUCCCUUAGCUUACCAGCUGCAAAUCCACUGAUGACUCCUCAAAAAUCUGUGAAUACCCUUGAUAGCAACCUCCACAAGGACGUGUUUGGUGCUAUAUCAGGCAUUGCAUCCCCAUAUACCUCUUCGACUCCAAAUGUUAAUUGUGUAAGAAAUGCAGACUCAAGAGGGUCUCUUAUAAGUACAGAUUCAGGAAACAGUCUCCUAGAAAGACAUAGUGAAAAGAGCAAUUCCCUUGACAAGAACCAACAGAUUUGCCCUUUGGGAAGUUCUGUAGUUCGAUGUGACAAGCUUGAUCAAGCUGAAAUCAGGAGUCUACUGAUGUGUUUCCUUCAUAUUUUAAAAAGCAUGUCAGAUGAUGCCCUUUUCACAUACUGGAACAAGGCCUCAACAUCAGAACUUAUGGAUUUUUUCACAAUUGCAGAAGUGUGCUUGCAUCAGUUUCAAUACAUGGGAAAACGAUACAUCGCCAGGAACCAGGAGGGGUUGGGACCCAUAGUUCAUGAUCGAAAAUCUCAGACAUUGCCUGUUUCCCGUAACAGAACAGGGAUGAUGCAUGCCAGAUUACAGCAGCUGAGCAGCCUGGAUAACUCUCUCACAUUUAGCCACAGUUAUGGCCAUUCAGAAGCAGACGUCCUUCACCAAUCUUUACUUGAAGCCAACAUUGCCACUGAAGUUUGCCUUACAAUUCUGGACACUUUAUCUUUAUUCACAAUGGCAUUCAAGAAUCAGCUCCUGAUGGAUCAUGGGCAUAAUCCUCUGAUGAAAAAAGUGUUCGAUGUGUACCUUUGCUUUCUGCAAAAAAAUCAGUCAGAAACUGCAUUAAAAAAUGUCUUCAAUGCCUUAAGAUCACUAAUUUUUAAGUUUCCUUCUACAUUUUAUGAAGGAAGGGCUGACAUGUGUUCUUCACUGUGCUAUGAGAUUUUGAAGUGCUGCAAUUCCAAACUGAGCUCAAUACGAACAGAAGCAUCACAGCUCCUUUAUUUCUUGAUGAGGAAUAAUUUCGAUUACACAGGAAAGAGAUCGUUUGUGAGGACACACCUACAAGUUAUCAUUUCUGUGAGUCAGCUGAUUGCAGAUGUUGUCGGAAUUGGUGGAACCAGAUUUCAGCAGUCUCUUUCCAUCAUCAAUAACUGUGCUAACAGUGACAGACUUACUAAGCACACGACAUUUCCUUCCGAUGUCAAGGAUUUGACAAAACGCAUCCGUACAGUCCUAAUGGCUACAGCACAAAUGAAGGAGCAUGAGAAUGAUCCAGAAAUGCUUGUGGAUCUUCAGUACAGUUUGGCAAAGUCUUAUGCCAGUACACCUGAACUCAGGAAGACAUGGUUGGAUAGCAUGGCAAGAAUUCAUGUUAAAAAUGGAGAUCUUUCAGAGGCGGCAAUGUGUUAUGUCCACGUAACAGCUCUGGUGGCAGAGUACCUUCUCCGAAAAGGAAUGUUUAAACAAGGCUGUAUAAGCUUCAGAGUAAUCACUCCAAAUAUAGAUGAAGAGGCUUCUAUGAUGGAAGAUGUUGGGAUGCAAGAUGUUCACUUUAAUGAAGAUGUACUGAUGGAGUUGUUAGAACAGUGUGCAGAUGGGCUGUGGAAGGCUGAACGUUAUGAACUGAUUGCUGACAUCUAUAAACUUAUAAUUCCUAUUUAUGAAAAGCGGAGAGAUUUUGAGAGGCUAGCUCAUUUGUAUGACACAUUGCACCGGGCGUACAGCAAAGUUACAGAAGUUAUGCAUACAGGAAAAAGAUUGUUGGGAACCUAUUUCAGAGUUGCAUUUUUUGGACAGGCAGCGCAAUACCAGUUUACAGACAGUGAAACAGAUGUGGAGGGAUUUUUUGAAGAUGAAGAUGGAAAAGAAUAUAUAUACAAAGAGCCUAAACUCACAUGCCUUUCAGAGAUUUCCCAGAGGCUACAAAAACUCUACUCAGAUAAGUUUGGAUCUGAAAAUGUCAGGAUGAUCCAGGACUCUGGAAAAGUAAAUCCUAAGGAUUUGGAUUCAAAAUAUGCCUAUAUUCAAGUUACUCAUGUAGUUCCAUACUUUGAGGAAAAGGAACUACAAGAGAGAAAAACAGAAUUUGAAAGAAAUCACAACAUCCGUCGCUUUAUGUUUGAGAUGCCAUUUACUCAGAUGGGCAAAAGAAGAGGGGGAGUGGAGGAACAAUGUAAACGACGCACCAUUCUUACAGCUAUACAUUGUUUUCCAUAUGUAAAGAAGCGGAUUCCCAUAAUGUAUCAACACCAUACAGAUUUAAACCCAAUUGAAGUCGCUAUUGAUGAAAUGAGUAAGAAGGUUGCUGAGCUCCGGCAACUUUGUUCAUCAGCUGAAGUAGAUAUGAUCAAACUUCAGUUGAAGCUGCAGGGUAGUGUCAGCGUUCAGGUUAAUGCUGGGCCAUUGGCAUAUGCCAGAGCUUUUCUGGAUGAUACAAGCACCAAACGGUAUCCAGACAAUAAACUAAAGUUACUCAAGGAAGUUUUCAGACAAUUUGUUGAAGCUUGUGGGCAGGCCUUAGAAGUAAAUGAGCGGCUUAUAAAAGAAGAUCAGAUAGAAUAUCAAGAAGGAAUGAAGGCUAAUUACAGAGAAAUGGCAAAAGAACUCUCUGAAAUCAUGCAUGAACAAAUUACCGCUAUGGAAGAAAAAGCCAGUGUAAUGCCCAACUCGCUACACAUUUUCAAUGCCAUUAGUGGGACACCAACAAGCACAACAGUUCAUGGGAUGCCCAGCUCUUCUUCAGUUGCAUAAGAAUUUUGUGACGGAAAGCGCUGCUUACCUUGGAACACAAGUGGAUCUUUGAACAUUUGCAAACUCAGGAUGAAAUCCAAAUCUGAAAGAGGACUGUGAAGAUACUAACAAUUGAGCAUGCUUAAAUCUCUGGGUCAGUCAGGGAUAAGGAAAUAGUAUGAGGUAGAUUUCUAAAACAUAUACUGAUGGUGCACAUAUUUUUUAUAUUCUGCUGGCAAUAUUACAACACCCAACACAGAAUUGUUCUGGGGAACUUAACUGGUUCUUCUGCUCUGAUAAUGGUAUUCUAAAAUAAAUGGCACAUUAUAGGCAAGUGUUAUGGAAUGUAAGUUUGCAGACAUAAACCAUAAAAGUGUUCUUUGAUAUAUGCACAUACAAACUGAUAUAAAGUACAAACACUAUUAGACUUAAUAGGCACUAAUUUGAGGGGUUAAUUUAGGUAGAAGUAGUUUUUUGUACUGUUGACUAUAACAGUUGUGCACCAUUUUAUACCUUGUUGGCAUUUUGGAGAGCAUAUGAGCUUAAAAUUGAUCAAGCAGUUGCAUCCAACCAAAGGUUACCAUAUGUUACUAACUAUAUAUUAAGCAAGACAUGUACAUAUUUGUUAAUACAACUCAUAAACCCUGUACAUAAAUGAAAUGCAUUUCUAAACAUUUUUAAUAUUCAUACCAGCUUUCAUCCUUCUACAAUUGUGAUAAAUUCAUGUUCAUUCCAAGUAAAUGCUCUAUUUUCUUUUACAGUUAUUGUAUAUAAAUACAGUAAGUGCAAUAUGAGGUUGUAUACAGUUUCUAUAACGUUAUGCACUGUUUUUAAAAAGAAUACAUAAUUUUUGCCAAAGUGAUGGAGUAUAUAAGUGGUGAUAAACUACUGUGGCUAAAUGGUGAUGUAAUUUAAAGCUUUUGCUAUAUUGUUUUAAGACAUGAAUUAGUAAUUUUAUAUUUGAGAAAGAUAAAGGGUUUUAAUUUUAUUUAACUGGAAUCACUGGCCUGCUGUAAUUAAACAUUAUGUACUUCAUCUAUAUUAAAAAGGAAUUAAUUUAUGUA